UCUUGCGAUUGGAAAAUGGGGGUGGAGCUUGGCGCGCUGUCGUGAUGGCGGAGAGGGAUGCUGGAGCUGUGGCGCCCACGUCGCCGAUCAAGCAACGCGGCGGCAGCGGAUGCUUGCCUUGCGCUCGAUCGCAGCAGAUUUCUUCGCCGUCGCGGGAGAAAUCGUCGUCCAGGGCGCGGCGGAUCGCGAGCAGGAAGGAGGAUGCGCGCGAGAUGGCGGAGGUAAUCACGGAUAAGGAGCGAGAGGAGCCCAGGAGCUGGGAGCAUUUGCUCGUGAUGGUGAAUGGGAUCGUCGGGAGUGCGGACGAUUGGAAGUUUGCUGCCAAGAAAUUCAAGGAGAAAUUGGGAGAACGAGUCUUCAUCUAUCGUAGUUCAUGCAACGCGGCGAUUUCUACGUUCGAUGGCGUCGACGUGAUGGGGAAACGUCUUGCAGAAGAGGUCCAGCGAACGAUUAACGAAACUCGUGGAGUCCAGAAAAUAUCGUUCGUUGCUCACUCGCUGGGUGGUCUUGUCGCUCGAUAUGCCAUAGCGCAGCUCUACAGACCAGCAGACCUGGGGCUGAAAGACGUGGAUCCUAAGCCAGAGGAGAAUGCUAAAGGAGAGGAGGAAAAGCUUCCUGUUCGUGGAACCAUUGCUGGUUUGCAAGCUGUGAAUUUCAUCACUGUUGCUACUCCUCAUCUUGGCUCGAGAGCAAAUGGCCAGCUUCCUAUUCUCUGUGGUUUCCGAUGUUUGGAAAGCGCAGCCGUGUGCAUCGCGCAUUGGUUUGUGGGACGAACGGGUCGGCACCUUUUUCUGACGGAUGGCAAGCCCAAUCAUCCGCCUCUCCUGUGUCGAAUGGUGACAGAUUGCGAGGACGGGAUGUUUUUAUCCGCUUUGCAGCUGUUCAAGCGUCACGUAGCCUACGCAAACGUUCAAAACGAUCACAUGGUUGGCUGGCGCACAUCAUCUCUCCGAAGGGAAUCAGAACUUCCAAAGGUAACCACUACUCCAAUCGGUCCCAGAUAUCCACACAUUGUCUCGGUUGAGGAAAUCAUUCCAGACAAUGAGGAGCGCAACUUAAGAUCGCCCGUCGCAGAGGUGGUCAUUCCUCCUGCGUCUGAUCCUCUUGAAGAGGAGAUGAUAAGAGGCCUCACGAAGAUCAAAUGGGAGAGAGUGGAUGUAAAUUUCCAUGGAACACUACAACGUUUCUUUGCACACAGCACCAUUCAGGUAAAAUCUACCGGCUUACACUCUCGUGGAGCUGAUGUGAUUCAGCAUAUGAUCGACAAUUUUGUGCAAUAGUUUCUGGAAAAAAUUUACAGUGAAAGAUAACUAUUCUUUCAUUUUUUACUUUAUCCAA